GAGGGAUAUAUCAUUUGAUGUUUUCGCUUCACGGCGGCCGAAAAACUACUUUAGCGCAGAAAAAUGAAAAAUUAGUUAUUAAUUUUUAUUUAAAACUUGUGUUUGCCGUUUAUUUGAAAGUUCUAAAAUAUUUCAGAGAAAAUAGAUACUUUGGAAACGUUCAAAUUUACUCUUAUUGAUAAUACAACACAAUUCUGUGAGAUAAAAUGAAUAUUUAUCAUUAACUGGAUUUAAAAAUAUUUGUUUUAAAAUUAUUUUGGUUUUCUACGUAAUUUCAGAAUUAAAGACAUUUUUCAGUGAUGAGGCCGGCCACCCGGCAGUUCGUUCUAUGGUAUGGGCUUUUUGAGACUUUUAUUUUCACCGGAAAUAUUUUCGGGUGGACAUCUCUCCAUUAUAUGCUCAAAUCAGAAGGUAUUUAUGAAAGUGUGUGUGGAGAUAAACAAUUGAUAAGAAACGCAUCAAGUUGGAAUGAUAGUAGAGACUAUUCAAUUUCUGAAUUGGAUGAAAACAAGAAUUUCGUCGUGUCAUCAAAAUUAGAAACACGUAAUUAUGGGACAUGUGAUAGACAAGAUAGUAUUCUGAAUCUGGCGUACACUAUCGGCAGUUUCUGCAUGGGAUCCACGUCAUUUAUGUGGGGAUUCUUGCUAGACAGAUGGGGUCUGCGCAUAGUUCGACUUAUCAUCAAUGGUCUCGUUACCAGCGGAUGUAUUCUUUUAUCAUUAACCAUAAGAGAGACAUCAUUUUUACUGUUUCCUUCGUUGAUUUUGAUGUGCCUUGCUGGUGUACCUCUACGUUUAGCUAAUAUGCAGAUUGCUGACUUGUUUCCUGAGAAGAGAUCGACAAUUAUUACACUCUACAGUGGAGCCUUCAGUGCAUCUGCAUCAGUUUUUGUUUUCAUUAAAUAUGGUUAUGACGCUGGAUUGCCUUGGGAGUGGGCUUGCUUCUUGCUGGUUGUUCUCAGUGUCCUUAUGUUGCCAGUCACGUUAUUUGUUUUUCCUGCUGACAAGUUCGAAGUUGAGAAAAAGGGUCUCUUUUCUGGUAAAGAAAUGGAAGUGUCUUCAGUGGCACCAUGUGUCUGGGGUACAUUCAACUACAUCAUGGAUGAACCUCCAUUCAAAAGAAUUCAACAAAAAUCUACGAAAUUUGAAUCAAAUAUUCAUAGAGCCAAGGAAAUAGAUAAACAGGUCUCUGUUGAUUCAACAAAAUCCGUACCACUUCGUGAGUCUUUAUUUUCCGUCUCCUAUUUGUUGCACCAGUAUUGGUUUUGUUGGUUGUUGCUCUACACUAUCAUUUAUGUUGGAACUCUCCAUCUAUGGUCUGAAAGGAUUACGACUGAUCGAGAUGAAGAUGCAUUCUUUUCGGAAUUAUAUGGCCUCUUUCAAGUGACUGGUUUGUUUUUGGCUCCAAUUGGCGGCAUUUUCAUGGAUUGGAGCAUAAGGAGGGUAACUAAAAAAAGCAAAGAUGACAAUCCGGAUUCAGCGACAACCAUGUUAAGCGUGAUACGCUCAUGCUUUUGGCCCAUGUUCUUAACGACAAUGUUGGAAGUGAUUGCUCAAAUCUGCAAGUUCUUCAAUGAAAGGAUUGCAAUAUAUGUUUCUAUAGUUGCAGUUACUUUACUAAGAGCUUUCUUUCUAUCAAUUGGAACUGCUUAUUUGCGAAUACGAUUUCCAGCAGAACAUUUCAACAAACUGCUCGGAAUCAUGAGCACUAUGUCAGCCAUAGCUAGUCUCUUCCAGUUCCCCCUAUUCCUAUGGGAAGCAUCGUCUCCAAAAAGCGUCCUCUAUGUGAAUGUGUUUGACAGCAUUUUGUUAGCUAUAGCAAUCAUUCAUCCUGUACUGUUAAUAAUUACACCAGUGCAAAAGUAUUUCUUGAAAGAAGAGAGAUCUGAAAAGUGCGAACAUAAGACAAUAGAAAAGUGAAAGCUCUGCAGACAAGAAUAUUUUACUAUUCAGGAUUAAAAAUCCUGCUACUAUCAAUGGGUGAAAUCAAUUGUGAAUGGUGAAGUAGGAUAUAUCAAACUUUAUGUUGGUUAAAAUGUAAAUUGAUGAAAAUAAUUAGGAAUGAAAAAAUAUGUUACAUUGAACUCUGCACUACUAUAGAAAAAUGUUGCAUAUUUUCUUUUCCUGAUUCAUUGAUUGCAUGAUGGUGUAAAAUUUUUGUACAUAUGAAGUGUGACAUAUGUGGUGAAUGCAACUAUAUGGGUAUUUAAUACACAGUUCUCAAACACUUGUUUUUGGUUGUUAAAUUUGUCUUCAAACUGUAUAUAUUUUAUGUAUUUAGGAUAUGCUGCUUUUAUACCUGAAUUUAGUCUGAAAAACGAAGAAGUAUUGACAGUUACUGUUUUAGAAAAUAAUAAAUAAAAAAAAUCUGUUAUUCGGC